AUGGAAUAUUCCGAAAAAGAAUCAAACUACUCCAACGGACUGAUGCGAAAUGGUUCGGCUUUUGGGCAAUUAAAAUUUGAUAACAUAAAAAGCUUUAAAAUUCAAAAAAAAUUUCAAGCAUUAUAUUUUAUUAUAUUUGUUUGCAUAAUUGGAUCCAUAUUUGCAUAUUUGGUUGGAAGUAAUUACUAUUCCACCAAAACCACCGACAUAAACAAAAUUAUUGCAAACUCCGAAUAUUUAACAAUUCGUACAAAAAUCGAUAGACCACGUGAUAAAUUAUUAAAAAAAGUAAUGAACCAAAAUGUAUCUAAUUACAUUAAAGAAUCAUUCAGAUUAUUAAAAUCAGGUUUAUUAAAAAAAGAGCAUCUUAGUAAAUAUGAUGAUGGUAUUGAAUUAGAACAAACCAUCGGUUUAGCAUUUUUUGGUACUGCUUCAUUAGGAGAUAAUAAACAAUCCUUUACAUUUAUCCUUGAUACUGGUUCAUCUAAUUUAUGGGUUCCAAACACAGACUGUAAAUCAGGAGGUUGCCCAUACAAACACAGAUAUGAUUCAUCAACAUCACAUACAUAUGAAAAAGAUGGUACACCAGUAAGUAUAUUAUAUGGAUCUGGUGGUAUAAAAGGUUUUUUUAGUAAUGAUAUAUUUACUAUUGGACACCACACAAUACCAUAUAAAUUUAUUGAAGUAACUCAAACUGAUGAUUUAGAACCAAUUUAUACUGCAUCUGAAUUUGAUGGUAUUAUAGGAUUAGGAUGGAAAAGUUUAGCUGUUGGAAAUGUAGAACCAGUUAUUGUUGAAAUGAAAAAAAGAGGACAAAUUGAAAAUGCAGUAUUCUCAUUCUACUUACCAGAAGCAGAGAAAUCUAUUGGAUAUUUUACAAUUGGAGGUAUUGAAGAAAGUUUUUAUACUGGUGAUCUUACCUAUGAAAAAUUAACUAAUGAAUCAUAUUGGCAAAUUAAUUUAGAUGUAGCUUUUGGAAUAGUAACUCUUGAUAAUGCUAAUAUCAUUGUUGAUAGUGGUACAAGUGCUAUCACAGCUCCAUCAGAUUUUCUUGAAAAAUUUUUAAAUACCAUAAUGAGUAUUCCAGUACCUUUCCUUCCAUUAAGAAUAGUUUUAUGUGACGAUCGUAACUUACCAACUCUAAAAUUCACAUCUAAAAAUACAACAUAUACUAUUGAACCAAAACAUUACUUACUUGAACUUGACCCAAUGGCCGAAAUAUGUGCUGUAGCAAUUGUAGAUGUAGAUAUUGAUCCAAAAACUUUUAUUCUUGGAGAUGUAUUCUUUAAAAAAUACUACACCGUUUUUGAUUAUGAUAAUUCAAGAGUUGGUUUUGCACUUGCAAAAAACUAG